CCAUGCCGGUGCGUUCACAAGCUCGAAAGCCGCGGAAGUGCUCGAAAGCUAUAACGUCUUGUACCUAGUUCAUUGCACUUUAGGUUUACAUGGCUAACGGAUUGUUCGAUAUAUCUUCAUCUCUUUUAAUUCUUGACAGUUCCUGCUAGUAUUGAAAGAAGGCACAGAAGAAUACUACAUUCAACUGUGCUCUCGGAAGAUUUCUGCGCCCGAAAUGGAGAGCCAAAUACGUCAAAUUUGCGCAAAGGCGCUUGGGAAAGAGGUCCAUGACCUGGAUGCAACGAGAUCCUUUCUAGCCCUCGGAGGGGAUUCGCUGAGAGCGGUGCGAGUGAUGGCAGCUUGUGAAGAGAUUGGCAUUCCGAUUGGGAUUGCCGAAAUUCUCAGUAGCAGCAGUAUCUCGCAGCUCUGGAACGAGACCAUGCGAGCUAGGACAGGUCCUUCUAUCAACUCAAAAAUGCAGUUGACAGCGGCCCAACGCUUGCAUCUCCGAAUGCGCGCCCUCUUGGUCACAACGGUAGCCGUGGGAAAGAACCUUUCGCCUUACGAUUCAUACAUCGCCAUGACCACGAUCGUGAAACGCCAUCCUAUUCUGCGUACGCAACUGCCACAUGCUGAAGAUCUGGCAUACAGCUUUACCUCUGACACGGAAAAUGCCCUGCUCUUUCUCGUGCGUCCACUCUCUAAACCAGGCUCCAUCCGAGCAGAUCUUUGCGAACUCACCGAUGGGCUUGGCGUAACGAAGGGACCGAUUUUUGGCGGGAUGUUGUUCACGUCUGACCACGAGCCGUCGGAGUUAGUACUGGCUUGUCAUCGUGCAUUUAUGGACUUCUCCUCCUGGCAUACCAUUGUCGGAGACCUCCGAAAGACCCUUCUCGGCGAUGGAAGAGCGAACGAUGUCCAUGCAAUCCAAAAUGGUUCCCACGAAGAGCAAGCCUCUGACUUGAAAGCCGCUCUGGGAAGGCGGACUCUCCUGGGGGAAUUAGAUCAACUCAAGCCGGACAUGUUGGACGAGCAUUCCGAGGCAGCACUUCUAACCAUUGACUCGGACAUGACAGCUCGGUUACUACAUGGUACAUGUCAUGCCAUUUUGCGCACAAAUGCAUCGGACAUCUUACAUUCCGCAGUGCUGCUUGCCAUGAGCUCUGCUACCGCCCAUGACCAGGCGCCAAUCGACAUAUACAUCAUGCAAGAUGCCGGCUUGACCUUUGAUCCACCAAAAAUUGGAUGUCACGAUACCUUGUGGCAUCUUGAAGGCGAUAUAUCUGGCGAGCUUGAUGGUGUUCAAGUCCUCCGUAAUAUCAAAGAUGCGACCCGGGGAUACUCGGUCAAGACGCGCGACAUGCAUUCGGUCAUAUCAGUGGCUGGCCAAUCGGACUAUGCUCAACGAGCGGGAGGCUGGACAAUCGUGGUCGACACUUGCGGCAUUCCACAGGAGCAACCUUGGGACCUCAGUAGUAAAAGACAAGCAAUGGUAUACCAACAUGCGCAGGACUUUUCGGCUCAGAAAUGCUUGUACAUGAGUACCCAAUUCGACAACGGCUGCAUCUCGUGCAUAUUCUCCACCAACGACAAGGGUCACGGGCUUUUGAACAGGGGAACGUUUGCCAAUCGAGUCAGAAACGGUUUACAGAAGUUGCUAUCAAGCCUGAAGCCCGGACAUGCCAUUCCCACGUUUAGCGACCUCGGAUUAGCGGAUAUGUCUUAUCCGGAGCUGGAAAUGUUGGUGGAAAGAGACCUAUCACAAGUGGCUAGUAGGCCAAUCGAAGAUAUUGAGAAAGUUAUCCCAUGCUCGCACAUGCAGCAAGACCUUUUGACCAGCCAACAAGUCGAUCCAAGGAAGUAUCAAUGUGCAUUCACUCUAAAGUUUUCAACCCCCAAGCCAGGCUCCGUGAAUGCAUGGAGAUUGGCAUCGAGCUGGAAGGAAGUGGUCCAUCGUCAUGCAACGUUGCGAACGGUCUUCGUCAACGGCCUCCCCCGUCAAGACGGGUUCGCGGGCAUAGUAUUGAAAAAAGCAAUUCCUGAAGUUCACAUCUACGAAGGCCAACAGCACCUUACCAGUUCUCCGUUUAGUUCACAACAAGUUCAACCGUUCGAACCCUCGAAACCCCAACAUCGGCUAUUCCUCAUACAAAGUACACCCGAAGAAGUUUACCUCCGGUUAGAUAUAUCUCAUGCCCUCAUGGACGGUCAGUCCGCGGAAGUCAUUCUACGCGACCUUUACUUAGCAUACUACCAGGAACCAUAUACAGAUAAGAUCCUUCGUUAUGAAGACUUUGUUUCUUACGAGAAUCGUCUGAGGACUGACCUAACUUCGACUUAUUGGUCAGACUACCUGCGUGGCGCAGACCCAACAAACAUACCGGCAGGAGCGCCAGACCUACAGAACGCUGCGUCUUUCCGAUUCCGAUUUGGGCUCGACAAAGUGUCGGUGACCAACCUGUGCGCGGCGCACAACGUAACGCUCUCCAGCAUCUGCCACUUGGCUUGGGCCCUGGUGUUGAGGGUGGUUUCGGGGUCAGAAAGCGUUUUGUUCUCGUAUGUCACGUCGGGAAGAGAUGCUCCUCUGCGCGGGAUCCGGCACACUAUCGGAGCAUUCGUCAAGUCUUUGGUAUGUCGUGUCGAAUUUUCCAAAGCAGCGAAAGUGGGUGAGCUGCUGCAAAAGGUCGUCGCAGAUUUCCUACAAAGCCUGCCAUUCCAGCAUUUGGAAAUGGCGGGGACUGGUGUAGGAGUGACCAAUUCGGCACGCAAGUGGGGCAACACAACAAUAUCAUUUCAACGCAAGAUGAUGGCGGCUGAAUUUGCCUCAAGAGACGUCCGAGUUGAUAUUGAAGAGGUGGUCAAUCCAGUCGAUUAUGACAUUCGCGUCAAUGUUGAGGCCGACGACGAGGGGCUCGAUAUCGAUAUAGGAUACUGGGCCGAGAGCAUGAAAGACGACGUGACCGUAAUGGGGAAGUUGUUUGAGACUGGCGUGUUGCAAAUAGUUGAGGGAAUAGACAAGUCCAUCUCUGACCUAGUGAUGCUAAACACAAAAGACACUGCGCAGAUCCGUUUGUGGAACGCCACGCUGCCGACGGCCCUGCGAUGCUGCAUUCACGAUAUGGUCCGCGAGCGGUGCGAAAGUCAGCCGGAGGACGCCGUCGCCGUUUGCGCCUGGGACGGCGAGUUAACAUACCGUGCGCUAUGGAAACAGGCGCAGCAGGUGGCCCAUUACCUCGUGAACCAUGUCGGACCUGAGGUGAAGGUAGGCUUGUGUAUGGACAAGUCUCGAUGGGCUGUGGUAUCGAUGCUGGCUAUCCUCUUAGCGGGUGGUGUCGUGGUCCCCCUAGGGACACAACACCCCCGCGCUAGGGUUGAGGGUAUAGUUGAGGACACCGGUAUGAAGGUCAUACUGGUGGACCAAAUUCAAGCGCGUCGGCUGGCUGGCCUGGCGCCGCACCUAAUAACUCUUAGCGACUCGUGGCUAGCCACGCUCCCGGCAAUCAUCGCAGCGACGACGGCGGCACCAUGCAUGACAGUGACUCCAGAGAAUGCCGCUUGGAUUAUCUACACCUCUGGCAGCACGGGUACGCCGAAAGGGGUUGUCUUAGAGCAUGCGGCCUUGUCUACCAGCCUUCAGAUUCAAGGUCAGAGGUACGGUACAGGACCUCAGACGCGCGUUCUACAGUUUGCAGCCUUUACCUUUGACGUUAGCAUCUCUGACGUCUUCGUGACUCUUAUAUACGGCGGCUGCGUCUGUAUCAUCUCGGAGGAUGAUCGAAUGAAUCGCUUGGCUGAGGCAAUGCGGGAGUUCGAGGUCAACUUUGGCAAUCUCACGCCCACGGUGGUACAGUUGAUUACGCCAGAUCUUGUACCUUCUCUACAGACCUUGCUUAUAGGCGGCGAACCUCUACAGGCAGCCAUUGUGGACGCUUGGGCGCAUCAUGCCACUAUUCUGAAUUCCUACGGAGUAUCGGAGUGCUCUAUCCAUUCUGCGUGCAGCAGGCCAAUUACAAACCCAAAGGACGUGUCGACAAUCGGAUUCCCAAUCGCAGGAAACUGCUGGGUGGCCGAUCCCACUGACUACCACCUCCUUUCUCCAGUCGGCGUGGUGGGUCAAUUGUUGCUGGAAGGGCCGUCUCUCGCCCGCGAGUAUCUGAAUGACCCAGUCAAGACAGCAGCGGCCUUCGUCACGGACCCGGCCUGGGUCGCCCAGCUUGGUUUCACCCCAGGGCGACGAUUUUAUCGCACCGGAGACCUCGUGCGCCAGAACAACGACGGCUCCCUCACCUAUAUUGGCCGCCGAGACGCGCAGAUCAAGAUCCGCGGUCAAAGAGUGGAGAUCGGCGAGGUUGAACACCAUAUCUGUCAGUAUCCAGCCACGAGCCAAGCCGCCGUGGUUUACACCAAGGAAGGUGUACACGCUCAGAAACUUGUCGCUUUCCUGAGUCUCCAUGAUUACGCAUCUUCAGCGUCUCGCUCCUCUGAGGUUUUAACAGUUGAUGCAGAGGUGCGAGCGGCAAUGUCGUUCCACUUGGAGGAGAUCCAACGGUCGCUGUACGAGCGAGUGAUGCCGUACAUGGUCCCGACCCUUUGGAUACUCGUCAAGGCACUCCCGCUUAAUGCUUCCGGCAAGAUAGAUCGGCGGCAGCUACUCCAGUGGCUAACCACCACUGAUGCUGCCGAGCUCGACGACUUGGCCCCGACUGGGGAGGUGGUCGAAGCUAUGGAGAUUUCCAUGACCCGCUUAGAGCGCGAGCUCCGCGAGGUAUGGAGUGAGGUCCUUAACGUCCCCAUUGCCAAGGUGAUGCUCAACCGAUCGUUUCUGAGCCUCGGAGGCGACUCGAUCACGGCGAUGCAGGUGGUAUCGCAAUGUCGUGGACGUCACAUUAUCCUCACCGUUCGUGACGUGCUCCAGUGCCAGUCCAUCACUCAGCUGACAUUGCAUACCAAAGCGAAUACCGACAGCGGUGCUGACCGGGCUUACGAUUCUUUCGAGCCGUUUACUCUAUCACCAGUACAGGAAUUGUUCUUCAGGGUGACCGCAGCGCACGGACUACAAACACAGGGAGAGGACCGCUUUAACCAAAGCGUCCUGGUUCGUGUCACGAGACCAGUUGACAUUCACGCCCUUUCCCGGGCCGUGGAAGUGGUCGUCGCCAAGCACGCCAUGCUCCGGGCACGAUUUCACGGCAACAGUGAGGAAGGGUGGCGACAAACUAUUGACGACAAGCUAAUCGGAUCGUAUCGCCUCCGAGUCCUUCAAAUUCAACGUGAGGCCGAACUGAUCGACGCUCUGACAUCUGCGCAGACGUCACUGGACCUGGAGAACGGGCCGGUCUUCUCCGUGCACGUGCUCCAGCAGGGUGAGGUUCAAAUGUUGUUCCUGGUCGCCCAUCAUCUUGUCGUUGACCUUGUAUCGUGGCGGAUCAUUCUCCAUGACCUCACCGAGGUGCUGGAGAAGCAGUUGCUAUCAGUCCCUAAAGGACUCUCUUUCCAAACAUGGUGCCGGCUACAGGACGAGAUACCGUCCUGGCAGCUGGAACCCUCGCGGGUCCUGCCGUACAAAGUCCCGAGCCCUGAGUGGGCGUACUGGGGGCUCGAGCGCGGGUUUUGCAUCGAGGCACACCGCGAGCAGCGCAAAGUCUGGCUCGAUGAGCACACAACAUCCCUCCUCCUCGGCUCGUGUCAUCACGCGAUGCGUACCGAGCCAAUCGAGAUUUUCCUGGCCGCCCUGCUCCAUUCUUUUCACCACGCUUUUCCUGACCGAGAGGUGCCGGCGGUGUUCAAUGAGGGCCACGGCCGAGAGUCUUGGGACGACACGAUUGAGCUGUCCGCGACAGUGGGGUGGUUCACUACGAUUACCCCCCUUUUUGUUCCUAACGCCGGUUAUGACGUGAUUGAGACGCUCCGCCGGACCAAGGACAGACGUCGAAGCGUCCCUGGGAAGGGGUUGCCCUACUUCACUUCACGGUUUCGGACCAGCUCCGGCAGAGAAGCGUUCAGGGACCACGACUACCCGGAAAUUCUCUUCAACUAUCAGGGCCGAUACCAGCAGCUCGAACGGGAAGACAGUCUCUUUGUGUUACAGACGGUGGAUGAAGAUAGGGAAAUGGCCCUCCCCUCGGCCAUAGGCGCCAACACAAGAGCGCAGGCUAUCUUUGACGUGAAUGCGUCUAUAGUGGCGGGGAGGGCCUGCACCGUGUUCCGAUUCGGCCCCGAGACCCAAUACCAGUCCCGGAUUCAGCAGUGGUUGGAGGGAUACGAGCAAUCUAUGUGCGAACUGAUCCGUCGGCUGAUGGAGAUGAAGCCUGUCGCGACUGUCAGUGACUUCCCACUGGCAACUGUAACAGCAGAGGAACUGGACAGCUUCGAAGGGAUAUACCUGCCACAGCUGGGUAUCGUGGACCUGCGGGACAUAGAAGACAUCUACCCCUGCUCUCCCGUCCAGCAAGGAAUUUUGAUCAGUCAAGCGAAGGACCCAAGAACCUACCAGGUCCGGCAAGUUUGUGAAAUUCGGCGGCGGGAAACAUCGCCCGUGCCUAGUGUAGAAGUCCUUAUUGAGGCUUGGCAGCGUGUAGUUGACCGUCAUAGUAUCCUGAGAACGGCCAUAGUCGAAGUCUCUUCGGCUACGGACCCUUACCACCAGAUGGUGCUCAAGUCGUGGAAGGCCGCUGUUAUGGUCAUCGAAUGUCAAGAUAACGAAGUGGCAGCUCAAAUAUCUACUCUUGCCAGGCUUGAACGCCAAGAUUGCCGACCCGGUCAUCGCUUGACCAUCAUACAAACCACCACUGGCCGGACGCAAGCCAUACUAGACAUCGACCAUGCCCUGUGUGAUGCUUCCUCGAUCCAACUCAUCGUACAAGAUUGGGUGCAAGCGUACGAUGGACGACUUCCGCCGGGCCCAGGACGCCUCUACAGCAGCUACAUAACUUACCUUCAGCAAGAGUCCCGCGCCGUGGAUCUCGAGUACUGGACGCGGCUCCUUAAACAUGCCCAGCCUAGCCAUGUACCGCCCUUAUCGAAGCAUCCAGCAACCUCGAAGUUCCACCAACAAUCUGUCCAGAUGAGCACAGCGCAAAUCACAGAUUUGGCCGCAUUCCGGGCUCUGUCCCAAAACCGCGGCGUCACGGUGGCAAACAUCAUUCAGCUGGCAUGGGGGCUGGUGCUGGCUAGCUACACCGCAUCAAACAACGUCUGCUUCGGCUACCUUAUCAACGGACGCGACGCCCCAGUCGAGGGCAUUCACGAACUGGUGGGUCCGAUGAUAUACAUGACAGUGUGCUAUAUCAACAUCGACAGAGGUAUGACAGUCCUAGAAGCCAUCCAGCGGGUCCGCGAUCGCUUCCUCGAGGGCCUGGAUCAUCAACGCACAUCUCUAGCGGCGAUCCAGCACGCUCUCCGGCUUCCCGAGCAAGGCCUAUUCAACACGGGGAUCUCCUACAGGCGCGGGUCGGGCUUCGCUGCCAGUCGCGGGGAGCAUAUCGACUUGGAGGCAAUUAGUGCGGAUGAUGGCAUGGACUAUGAUCUCGCGCUUGGCAUCGAAGCCACGGACGAUCGCCUAGGUUUUGGCCUCCAGUGGCGGACGUCAUUCACGGACCAGGCGGGCGCGGAGAGGUUGCUGCGCACUGUCGUUAGUAUCGCACAGAGGCUGGUCCAAAAUCCCGACGAGAAGUUGAGGACCAUAUCUUCCCUGAGUGCGGAAGAUAGUGCGCAGAUUCGGGAGUGGAAUGCCACAGUGCCGGCGCGCCUACAGUGCUGUAUCCACGACCUAGUGCAGGCACGGUGCGAGAGCCAGCCGGAUGCCAUCGCUGUCAGCGCGUGGGAUGGCGAAUUGACCUAUCGCGAGUUGUGGAUGCAGGCGCAACGGUUGGCUCACCACCUCGUCAACCGAAGCGGCGUUCGGCCAGAGAUCAAGGUCGGCUUGUGUAUGGACAAGUCUCAAUGGGCAGUCGUGUCGAUGCUGGCUAUUCUCCUAGCUGGUGGCGUGGUUGUGCCGCUGGGAACGCAGCACCCUCGAGCCCGCCUGGGGGUAAUUGUCGAAGAUACCGCUAUGUCGAUUAUCAUAGUGGACCAGAUGCAGGCGAGCCGAUUAGCUGGCCUCGUUCCCCAAGUACUCCUUGUGGAUGGGUCGUGGCUGGCUACUCUCCCUGUCAUUACCGCGUCAAACUCGACAGUGACCCCGGAUAAUGCUGCCUGGAUUAUAUAUACCUCUGGAAGCACAGGCAAGCCAAAGGGCGUUGUGCUGGAGCACGCCGCACUGUGUACUAGCCUCCAGGUUCAAGGUCAGAGAUUUCAUAUGGGUCCGCAGACCCGGACCCUCCAGUUUUCGGCCUUUACUUUCGACGUGAGCAUCGCUGAUAUCUUUGCGACUGUUAUAUAUGGCGGGUGCGUUUGUAUCAUACCUGAGUCUGACAGGCUCAACAACCUCGCUGGCGCCAUGGAAAUGAUAUCGGCGAAUUUUGUCCAACUGACACCUACUGUUGCACAACUUCUCUCUCCAUACACGGUGCCUUCGUUACGAGUAUUAGUCCUCGGAGGAGAGAUAUCGAAGCCGGAUAUGAUCAAGAUCUGGGCACAACAUGCGACAGUCCUUAUUGCAUAUGGACCGACGGAAUGUUCGAUUGCUUCCUCUUACAGUGACCCGCUUGUGGACGAAGGUCCCUCGAUCGGUUUACCAUUGGCGGGAUGCUUCUGGGUGACCGACCUAACCGACUAUCAUCGUCUCUCACCUAUCGGUGUAACUGGUGAGCUACUACUGGAAGGCCCACUACUCGCUCGCGAGUACCUGAACGACGAGGCUAAGACGGCGGCGGCCUUCGUUACAGACCCAGCUUGGGCCGUCGCCCAGCUCGGAUUGGCCCCAGGACGACGCCGUUUCUACCGUACCGGAGACCUCGUACGACAAAAUAGCGAUGGCUCCCUUACCUAUAUUGGCCGUCAAGAUACCCAAAUUAAGAUCCGAGGCCAGCGAGUCGAGAUUGGGGAGAUCGAAAAUUGGAUCAGCCGCCUGCUACCUGAGGUUCAAAGUGCAGCAGUUGACCUAGUGGUACGCGAAGGCACUGACGGUCGUGGUGAGCAGUUCUUGUUAGCUGCGGCGGUCGACUUUAAAAUGGACAGCCGAUAUCUUACGGGCGACAACCAGCCACAGUCAGCUUCCAUCCCUCUCACACCCUCAAGCCUCCUACGAGAGACGUUUCAGCAGCUACGCGCCUCCCUAUCUAGCGUCUUACCGGUCUAUAUGGUGCCUAAUGCCUAUAUCCCGAUGAAUCACCUCCCUCUCAAUAGUUCAGGCAAGCUAGAUAGACGAAUUAUCCACGAUAUAUUGAAUAAGACCGCCACCGAAUACGUUCAGACGGUCGUUUCUGAUGGAGAGGAGAAAUGCUUACCCUCGAGUGAGACAGAGCGCCGUUUGCAAACUCUAUGGGCAGAGGCGCUCGGUCUGGAGCCGGACAAGAUCGGCAUGCGCGACCAUUUCUUUCAAAUGGGCGGCGACUCGAUCUCGGCUAUGAGGCUGGUUGCUGCUGGACGCGGGCUCUCGCUGGCCUUGACAGUCGCUGAUAUCUUUCAGCAUCCCCGGAUCGUAGAUCUAGCCCGUACGAUAGACCACCAAGACUCUGGAAAGUCGAACAAUCCGGUGGCGAAUGCACCACCAUUCUCUCUCUGGGUACCUGAGGCCGGAGCUGGAGCCGGGCCAGACAAGCUACUCCAAUCGCAGCUCGAAGUCAUCGCUGACCAGUGUAGCGUCGCGACGGCCCAAAUCGAAGAUAUUUACCCAUGCACGCCACUCCAGGAAGGCUUGAUGGCUAUCUCAACUCAGCAAGCAGCGGCGUACAUGGCACAGCGAAUUUUCCGCCUCGGGCCAGAGGUCGACCUGGAUCGUUUCUGUGCUUCUUGGACGAGGGUCGCAGAGUUGACCGCCGUUCUGCGGACCCGGAUCGUUCCCGCUGGACGGCAAGGCUGCAUCCAAGUGGUCGUACGCCAACCGGUGUCCUGGAUCCACUCAGACUCACUUUCUACUUACCUGGCCGCAGACCAUCAGACUCCAGUAGCCUACGGUAGUCCACUCACACGGUUUGCUCUAAUACAAGAACCUGGUCAGGGUGAAGAGAGCACCACCCAGCGCUUCUUCGUCUGGACCGGCCACCACAGUACCUACGACGGAUGGAGUCUUCGAAAGAUCGCUGAGCUGUUACGUCUAGUGUACCAAGACGACCACAUUCCUCCUGCUGUCCCCUUUUCACGCUUUGUCGUGUAUCUGAAAGGCGUUGACCCAGUCAGAAAUGAAGCAUUUUGGCGAAGGCAGUUAGAGGAAGUCCACGCCGCACAAUUUCCUGUUCUACGCCAGGCUCAAUAUCGCCCCCACGUGGCGCAGAAAGUAACGCGGUAUAUGGCGCGACACAGCUACCGAGGCCACGAGACCGUAUCGACCGUCUUGCGCGCCGCCUGGGCAAUGGUCGUGGCCCAGUGGACUGGGGUGGACGACGUGAUCUUCGCGGUAACGGUGUCGGGUCGUAGCGCUCCCGUGGUAGACAUCCUUGACCUGGUGGCACCGACGAUCGCUACGGUGCCGGUUCGGAUACGUGUUGAUCGAGAGAAAACAGUCCACGACUUCCUGUCAGGGGUGCAAGACCAGGCCACGGAGAUGAUCGCCUACGAGCACACGGGUCUGCAAAACAUCCGCCGCAUCGUUCCCGAGGCCGCUGCCAGUCUCAACCUAGGCCACCUGUUUUUAGUCCAGGCUCCCACUGAAGUGGAAAAGGGCGCUAUGGCUGGUUUGCCUGGCGUUGAAGUCAUGGAGGGCUCCAUGGAGGGGUUCCACAGCUACCCUUUGAUUGUGGAAUGCGUGUUGGACGAUAAAUGGGAGACCGUGAAGGUAGAAGCCCGCUUCGACGAGAUUGUGAUCUCAGAGCCCCAAGUAUUACGUGUCUUGGCGCAGUAUGAACAUGUCUUUCAACAACUCUUAGCGGGCAAGAUAAAUCGCGUCCAAGAGGUGGAGGUCCUCAGCGAAGAGGAUCGUGCAACUAUCCGCACAUGGAACACCACGGCGCCGGCGCCCUUACGAUGUUGUAUCCAUGAUAUGGUCCGGGAUCGCUGCAAGAGUCAGCCGGACAGUAUCGCCAUCUGUGCCUGGGACGGGGACCUAACUUACCAUGCUCUAUGGACGCAAUCGCAGCGAGUAGCCUAUUAUCUCGUGAGGCAUGGUGUCGGACCAGAGGUCAAGGUGGGCCUAUGUAUGGAUAAAUCGCGAUGGACGGCGAUAUCGAUGCUAGCUAUUCUGCAGGCUGGCGGCACUGUCGUGCCUCUAGGCACACAGCACCCUCGCGCUCGCAUAGAGGGCAUAGUCGACGAUACCGAUAUGAAGAUUAUUCUAGUUGAUUCUACCCAGGCUCUCCGGUUGGCUGGGCUAUUGCUCUCUCUAGUGACUGUGAGUGAUUCCUGGCUCACCACGCUCUCUCCGACAGCAGUGGUAGCAGCGCCAUGUACGAAAAUCACACCAGAUCACGCGGCCUGGAUCAUCUACACCUCUGGUAGUACAGGCACGCCCAAAGGGGUGGUUCUAGAGCACGCUGCGCUCUGUUCCAGUCUCAAAGCUCACGGAGCGAAGUUUGGCAUAGAUGAGCACACACGAACCUUGCAGUUCGCCGCUCAUACCUUCGAUGUCUGUAUAUCGGAGGUUUUCGCCACGAUUAUCUACGGCGGAUGCGUUUGUAUCGCCUCUGAUACCGAUCGGCUGAACAAUCUUGCUGGUGCUAUAGAGUCGAUGGCAGUCAACUUUGCCCAGCUGACCUCUACGGUAGCGCAGCUACUGUCACCUAGAACCGCGCCAUCACUGAAGUCAAUAGUCCUUAUGGGCGAGGCUGUGAAGCCGGCUGUGAUCACUAUAUGGGGACUCCACGCGACAGUCAUCAGUGCAUACGGACCUUCAGAGUCUUCUAUUCACUCUUCGUAUAGCGGUUCUCUUGUGGAUCCUGAGGAUGCUCUCUCUAUCGGACGGCCGCUGGCGGGAUGUUUCUGGGUAACAAACCCUACCAACUACAAUCGCCUUUGUCCAGUCGGUGUCGGCGUAGUAGGCGAACUCCUACUAGAAGGCCCGCUCCUUGCCCGCGGAUAUCUUAACGACCCGGCUAAAACGGCGGCAGUGUUCGUUACUGACCCGGAGUGGGUUACUCAGCUCGGCGUUACUCCAGGGCGGCGUUUAUAUCGCACUGGGGACCUCGUGCGCCAGCAUUAUGAUGGCACACUAUCGUAUGUCGGUCGCUAUGACACUCAGGUUAAAAUACGCGGCCAGCGCGUCGAAAUCGGCGAGAUCGAAAACUGGGUCGGACGUCUGCUUCCCGAGGUCCAGAUGGUAGCGGCCAGCCUAAUAUCGCGCGAGAGCAGCCGUGGUGAACAGAUCCUCUUGGCCGUGGCCGUCGACUUCAAGCCCAAUAGCAGAUAUCUGGCCCAAGGCGACCAAUUGGCGUCUGAGCUCCUCCCGUCAUCAAACCUCCUGCGAGAGGCCUUCCACCAAUUACGUGCUAGCUUGUUUAACGUGCUACCAGCCUACAUGGUGCCCAAUGUCUAUAUCCCUAUGAGCCGCCUCCCUCUUAACGCCUCGGGCAAGCUAGAUCGGCGGAAGGUUCACGAAAUUCUUGCAUCGCAGGACCCACAAAUUCUUUUGCAGUUUGUGUCCAGCCAAUCAAAUGAGAACGAGUUAGAGUCUCCGGUCGCCGCUCAGCUUCGCACUCUCUUGGCAGAUCUCCUCAACAUCGAAGAGCAAUUGAUUGGUGGUAACGAUAACAUCUUCCAACUUGGAAGUGAUUCUAUCACAGCAAUGAAGCUGGUUACGCUUGCAAGAGCUCAGAACAUCUCGCUUAGUGUGGCAGAUAUCUUCCGAUCGUCGACCAUCUCGGGAAUGGCCACCCUAGCCAAAAUGACGGAGAUGCCUCGACCCCAAGAAUUGCGUGAGUAUCGGCCGUUCUCGCUGUUGGACGUGCUUGCAGUGCCAACAUAUAUUGAAGAACAAAUGUGCCCAUUGGUGAACGCACCAAGUGACGACAUUGUUGAUGUACUUCCAGUGACCGACGUGCAAGCAUACAGCAUCGUCACCAGCCUCAUGAAAAACCAGAUGGAAUUGCGUUACUUCAAAUGGGUUGCCAACGGUCCAGUCGAUGUCGCUUACCUGAAAGCGUGCUGUGCGAGACUUGUCGAUCGGCUCGAGCCCCUCCGAACCGUGUACGUUUUCAGUCACGGCACGCUUCUACAAGUUGUGCUCCGAACAUACGACCAGGAAAUCGCCACGUAUAAGGUUCAGGGUCCCAUUGAGCCUUUUGCGGAAAAGCUAAUGCAAGCUGGCAUGCAUCGGCCGCCCAAACUUGGUCAACCUCUAUUUGACGUGGCCAUUAUCAGUCAAAAAGAUUCUCUUAAACAUUGGAUCCUCUUCCGCAUUACUCAUGCGGCAUACGAUGGGAUUUCCCUUCCCAUGAUCUGGUCAACCCUUCAAAGCAUUUAUACGGAGCAACCCAAGCAAUCAUAUCCUAGUUUCCCGUCAUUCAUGGCAGACCAGGCACAGCGGACCACAGAAGAAACGUAUGACUACUGGAGAAAACUUCUAGAUGGAUCUUCGAUGCCUCAGAUUGGACAAUUCUUGGACCCAGUCCUCCAGAUACCAUUCAUGCUUGCGAAGGUGGCGCCUCCUCCUUCCAUCCGGAUUCGAACCUUGCAUGGUGAGGGACUGACGCCAGCCAUUUACAUCAAGUCGGCAUGGACAGUUGUGCUUGCAAAAUGCACGGGCCGUGACGACGUUGUCUUUGGUGAUACUGUGUCAAAUCGGGACUACUCCGACGCCCAAGUUGCUGGCGCUCUAGGCUGUUGCAUCAACAUCAUACCUUUCAGAGUUCGCCUCCAGCCUUCCUGGAAGAACGUUGAUCUUUUACGAUGCGUGCGUGACCAACAGCUGGCUAGUGCCCCAAAUUCGUGUCUUGGGUUCCGCGGCAUCUUCAAAGAUUGCACAGACUGGCCCGCCGGGACAAGAUACACUUCGUCUCUGAACCACCUGAACAGUCCGCCAAGAGCUUCCACGAUAGGUGGCCACGAGUACCAAAUCAGUCCUGCUGGACUAGAGAACUUUGGACUCUCCGACUUGGCAUUAACGUCGAUACAGUAUUCGGACUUGGUGACUCUGGAGCUGGGUUAUGGGAAAGAUAGGGUCGAGCCUGAAGUUGCCACACACAUUCUCAGCCUCCUUCAGUCAGUCAUUGAAGCAAUGAUGGACUUCCCCGGGGCACCAGUUGUAGAUUUGCCACAGUUACCACCAAGCUUCGACGUGCCCCUACUUGCCAGAACGAUGAGAAAACCCGAGAGGGUCGUCGAAACGCAAGAAGCCGGCCGGCCGAUUGAGCCGAGUGCUCGCAUUGUAAGGGCAUGGAACGCGACUCUUGGGCAAAAGCUUGGCCCAUAUCCAGUAGGAAAUGGCCCACCCCCAUCGUUGUUUAAACUUGGUGGUGAUAUGGUUGAUGCUGCGGCGCUGGCGAAUCACUUGCAGCAUGAAGGGUCGGACGUUACGAUUGAGGACAUUCUCGAAAGCUCAGAUCUUGAAGUUGUUGCACAAGGACUUUGAAGUGAUUCACAGUUGGCUGAAAGAACACGGCACCUGAGGACAUACAGACAAGAAAGCAUUCUGUCUUUUUGUCUUGCAGAAGGGCCAUACAUGACUCCGCGGGUUAUCCCUAGCGUGAGUCGAGGCAGGCGUAACGAGACAUAUUAGUCAAGCCCUCGAACAAGCAUGAAAACAACUAUGGAGUGACACCAGUCAGAUCAACCGUCAGUGGCCAUAUCCAGCCAGCCCAUUGAUGCCCCUCCUUGUAAUUUUAUUUUCUUAGCUAUUCUAAAUACCGUCCUAUACCCACCAGUGCUCUUUUUGCUGUGAUGCAGGCGUACAGCCCCUCCAUUAGACAGCUGAAACACAAGAAUCAGAUUCAAAACAGCGAGAUCGUCUCACUCUAAGAGUGGCAAGGCGAUCCGGCUU